UGUAUACCUUUGUGUAUACAAAUUAAUAUUAGUGGUUAUAUAUGUUUUAUAUUUAAAACAUUUUUUUCAUAUACAUAUUAUGGAUAUGAAUCAGAAUGAUUUGCACUUCCAUGAGUAUAUGGCCUGUAUUUAUAAGGAAGUCGAGUGUGUCAUAGACUCAGUCCGAGAAACAAAUAAGGAUAACUUGUCGUUGAUUUCGGAACUCUUUAAUAAUAUUUAAUAAGAUGUGGUCAGAAGAACCAGCGUUCAAGUCUUAUAUCUUCUACUCAAGUAUUCUUGGUAUUAAAAUAGUGAUUAUGGCAAUAUUGACGGCCAGAGUGCGAUACAGGAAGAAAGUAUUCGCAAAUGAAGAGGACGCUGACAAGACUAAGGGAAUAGUAAAGUUGGAUGACCCCGAUGUUGAGAGAGUCAGACGAGCUCACCUAAAUGAUUUGGAAAAUAUCCCUGCGUUUUGGAUAUUAGGUGCUUUUUACUUGGCCACAGGACCACCCAGCGAGUGGGCAACUCUUCUGUUUAGAGUGUACACGGCGAGCCGUGUAAUACACACGAUUGUGUAUGCCAUUAAACCCCUGCCUCAACCAGCGCGUGGCUUCGCAUACGAUAUACCAAACUUUAUUAUGUUGUAUAUGGGAGUGAAAAUUAUAUCUCAUUUUAAAAAUGCACUAUAAUUUGGGAACUAAGCUGUUACGUUAAUGGUGUACGAAAAAAAAUCAAUUUCCGUAACUAGAGUUCUAUUGGUGAAUUACGGCCAAUGUUAUGGUAAUCAAUGUUGUUUAGAGAGUGGUUAGUCAUCAAUCAUGUAUUCUUCUUUCAAAUGUCAAAUCAAUAAUGACAGAAAGAAUAAAACAAUGUUUAAGUAAAGCCGUUAGUGUUUACAGCUGUGCGAAUUUAUAGGAAUUCACUCACAUCUCACUCGUGAAAUCGUGAUUAUUAACUUACGAUUAAUAGCCAUUUUGAUACUUGCAUCCUAGUUUAAUAAAUUAA